AUGACUUUCGGGCCUAGCAACCUAGCCGUCUGCGAAACGUGCGGCACGCAAUUCGACGUUCCGCUUGAGCAGCACCCUGAGACAUGUCGGAUCUGCGAUGAUCCCCGCCAAUAUGUUCCCGCAUCAGGCCAAUCCUGGACCUCACUCUCAGCCUGCCAACCCCUCCAAAAGAACACAUUUGAAACAGAUAAAGAAGACUCUCGUAUCCACUACAUAACCACGGCGCCUCUCUCUCCAUCGGAACUUCCCCCGGGUCUGGCCGAUUCUAGCACGACCCGCAAGCAGCUUGGUAUUGGUCAAAGAGCCAUCUUACUACAAACAUCACGCGGAAACAUCCUUUGGGACUGCGUCGCUCUCUUAAACCCUGCUACCAUUGAGUUCAUCAAGGGAAAAGGUGGGCUAAAGGCCAUUGUAAUCAGCCAUCCGCAUUUCUACACGACGCAUUUGGAAUGGGCGAGUGUGUUCGGGUGCCCGGUGUAUAUGUGCGGUGAUGAUCAGACAUGGUUGAACCGGAAGGAUCAGAAUGGCGUGAGAAAGAUGGUAAAGGGCGUCGCUGAGAUUGAAGAAAUUGGCGGCGAGGCCAAGAUGAUUCAAUGCGGCGGGCACUUCGAAGGCAGCUCGGUGCUGUGGUGGGAUCGGAAGCUUUUCAUCGCUGAUACGUUUAUGAGUGUACCUUCUGGUUUCAACAACGCGCACCGCGUCCCGGAUACGACAUCCUACUCGUUCAUGUGGGCGUAUCCUAACAUGAUUCCGCUAACGCCCACAGCUAUUCAUGGAAUCUGGAAGGCGAUCAAGCCGUUCGAGUUUGACAGGACGUAUGGAGGGUUCCCAGGGCAGAACCUGAAGAGGCCGGAUUUGAAGAAGCAGGUGUUGGAGAGCAUGAAGAUCUUCCUGCGGAGAAGUGGACAUGAGAAGGCAGAUGUUUUUGAGGAGCGUGUUUGA